AUGUCCCUUGACAUCAAGGCACAGGUGAUCGCGCGCAUGAAGAAGGCAGGAGCCUGGAGUUAUCAGUUGGACGAGUCGACCGAUGUGGGAAAAGACGCGCAGCUCUUGGUGUUCACCAGGUACGAGGGCGACACAGACAUCGAGGAACAAUUUCUUAUCUGCACGCCAUUGGAAACAACAACGACAGGCUUGGACAUCUUCAACGUUCUGGACACUUUCCAGCAAGAAGAAGCACUGAGCUGGGAAAACUGCGUCAGCCUGUGCACCGAUGGUGCCCCUGCAAUGCUGGGUGCACGGCAGGGUUUUACGGCGAGAGUGAAGCAAGUGAACCCGAAAGUGGGCAUCUUCCACUGCCUCCUUCACCGCGAAAAUCUGGCGGCUCAACACCUGUCAAAAGAUCUUUCAGCAGUGAUGCAGGAAGUCGUCGCUGUGGUGAACUUCGUCAAAGCCAGCGCACUCAACAGUCGCCUGUUCGCGUUAAUGUGCUGUGACUUCGGAUCUGAAUAUCAGCAUCUGCUCUACUACUCGAGCGUGAGGUGGCUGUCGCGGGGAAAGGUGUUGCGUCGUGUAGUUGACCUGCGAACAGAGCUGGAGAUAUUCCUGAGGGAGAAGAAUCAUCGCCAUGCCGCCCGAUUCACCGACAGGCAGUGGAUGUUGAAAGUUUGCUAUCUCAACGAUGUCUUCGCCGCCAUCAACGAACUCAACACAUCGAUGCAAGGGAGAGACCAAAGCGUCAUCACGCUGUCCGAGAAGCUGUUGGCCUUCAAGGAAAAGCUCGUACUCUGGAAGAGGAAGCUCGAGCGGGGAAGAGUUGCUGCUUUUCCAUCACUGAACGCGUACUUGGAGGAGUGGGAAGAGAAUGGAAUCGACGCAAUCAAGCCAAUCCUUGUCAAUCAUUUGGACAAGCUGACUACGGAAUUUGAUCGAUACAUCCCAGACCACGAUCUGACGCACGCUGGUUGGAUCAGGGAUCCCUUCCAAGCGAACGUCGAUGACCUGUCGGAGGAGAUUCCGGGACUCCAAGAACAGUGGAUCGAGCUGCGGAACGAAGACUUUUCCCGAAGACAGUUCGCCGAGAUGUCGCUUGGGCAGUUUUGGACGGCGGUGAAGAAAGACAAACCGAUCAUCGGCGAAGAAGUCAUGAAAGUUCUGGUCCCAUUUGGAACAACCUACCUUUGCGAGCAGGGAUUUUCGGCGCUGACCAACAUCAAAACGAAGCAGAGGAAUGCACUGGAGCCAUGCCACGACUUGCGCGUGGCACUGACGAGCAUUGCACCGCGUCUUGACAGUAUCAUUGCUAAUAAGGCNCAGCGCACGCGUACAUCUCCUACGCUGGAAGGGGAAACUGCAGGACUACGUAGUAGGACUACGUCACUGGUACUGUCGCUGGGCGACGUGGCCCCACGUUAUAUCACUUACGUCGUCAUUACGUACUGGCACGACGUGUAUUAG